UCUGCCCCCUACCCCCCCUCCUCCCCGUAGAGUGCUGCUGCAUAGACAUUCCUAUAUCAUGAAGAGUUUUGAAGAAUGGAAACCUUUUAUUGUAAUGAUAGCAGUCAAUUUUUCCUUUGCUAUCGUGAAUAUUCUUCUCAAGAAAGUCCUUGACCAGGGAAUGAACCAUUUGGUCCUUGUUACAUACCGGCUGUCAAUUUCUACCAUGUUCUUAGCUCCAAUCGGCUACUUUAUGGAAAGGAACAGCAGACCGAAGCUUACACUUCGUAUCUUAUGUUACCUCUUCUUCAGUGCAAUCAUCGGGGCAUCCAUUACACAAUACUUCUUCCUUCUUGGAAUUCAAUACACAUCUGCUACUUUUGCAUGCGCCUUUGUCAACAUGGUGCCCGUGAUCACAUUUCUAAUGGCAUUACCACUUGGGUUGGAGACAGUGAACUUGAAAUGUAACAGUGGAAGAGCCAAACUACUUGGCACAGUAGUGUGUGUUGGCGGUGCCACACUGCUGACUCUUUACAGAGGAAUGCCUUUGUUUGAUCAUUCUCAUUCACAGUCUGUUACUCAAAUCAUGGGUCACGCUGUCAAGCUCAGCUCUGCCAAGAAAACACAGAGAUGGACCGUUGGUUCAGUAGCUUUGGUUUUAGGAGUCCUGUUUUGGUCUUCAUGGUUUCUUUUACAAUCACCUAUAGGAAAGAGAUACCCCUGCCAGUAUUCCAGCACUGCUAUUAUGUCCUUCUUUGGUGCCAUUCAAUCCGCAAUCUUAAGUCUGUCCACAAACAGAAACCUUUCUGCAUGGGUUCUCAAGGGAAAAAUGGAAAUCAUCACUGUCCUGUAUGCUGGAAUGAUAGGAUCUGGUUUAUGCUAUGUGGGUAUGUCGUGGUGUGUCAAGAAAAGGGGUCCAGUUCUCACAGCAGCAUUCAGCCCCCUCAUUCAAAUACUGGCAGCCAUGUUUGAUAUCCCCAUUCUGCACGAGCAAGUUCAUCUUGGAAGUUUGUUGGGAUCCAUCGUUGUGAUUAUUGGAUUGUACAUACUCCUGUGGGGUAAGAACAAGGAGAUGAAGACAUGCGUAUCAAAAUUAGCUCAAGAAGCUCAUGAAGAGGUCAAGGAACAAGAUCAAUCACAGUUGCAGGUCAUGGUAGUCUCCUCAUCAUGUGAUUCACGGUGACAUUAAGGCCAAGUUGCAUAACGGUUUUCUCCAUUUAAUGAAAACUACGUCCAUCUCCUCCAGAAAUUGUAAUUUUUCUUGAUACUUCUAUAUAUACUUCGUGAUGACUACUGCUUCUGCAUAUUUUCAACUUCGAUA